AUGACGGAAAUACCGAUGGAUGUCAACCUGGAAGUUGAGGAUCACAGAAACCUGCAGCAUUGGUCUAAGGUGAGCGGUUUCAAUGAAUCUAUGCUGCCCAUAGAUAUGAGAUUUAACCAGGGCCACCUGCUUUCCAUAACGGUGUACAGCGUAUUACUGGUCAUUUCUGCAACUGGUAACGUCACAGUCCUCGCUUUGCUCAUUAGAAGAAGACGAAGGAAUCCUACCAGGAUCAAUAUCAUGCUGAUGCAUUUAGCUAUUGCUGAUUUAUUGGUGACUUUUCUAAUAAUGCCUUUGGAAAUAGCAUGGGCCAGCACAGUGUCCUGGAGGGCUGGUGCCUUUAUGUGCAGGAUGAUGGCAUUUUUCAGGACUUUUGGAUUGUACUUGUCGUCUUUUGUACUGGUGUGCAUUAGUGUAGAUAGCUUUUUUAUAUGUUUCUGUCCAUAG